AAUCAGCAAAUACCUCAUUCAAGUUGAAAUCGUUGAGUCGUUUGUGUGUUUUAUUAACUAAGGGAUUAUAUCCAAUAAUCUUUUAUUAACAAGGAAGCAAGUGUAAUAUUGAAAUAUGAGCAGUUACAGAGCAACUCGAGGUGGCAGGCGAUCUGUCCAAACCAAACCCUUUAUCAGUGCGGAUACAGGGGAAGCUUAUAACAGCCAAAGGCAACAAUCGACACCAACACAAAACUAUCAAACAGCUCCUGUAGUGCAGCCCGAGAAAGUAGUACAGCAAGAGCAGUCUUUGCCACCUCCACCAGAAUUUCCAGAGGCUAACCCUUUCAAGGAGAAUACAUCAGAUUUGGAUGAAUCUGGCCUUGUUGAUGAAAAUGGCAAGGUUAAAUUUAAGAAAAUCUUCGCUUCUCGCAAAAAGGCCUCAGUUCGUGCCAAGGAGAAGCGUAUUCGUCAAAACCGACGUUUGCGAAAAAGUAUUGUACCCAAAAAUGCCUUGAUGGCUCUCAAUGAACUAAAGGGAAUAUCUAUUGGAGAUUUCGUUAUUAACAAUAAUCCCAAUGGCGGCUUUAUCGCUUUGGUAACUUGUAAUAACAAUCAGUAUGAAGGACGGGGUAUAUCGAAGACGGUAGCUAAGAACAACGCAUGUGAGAAGGCACUGCGUGACUAUAUUAUUGCCAAAAUGCGCGAGAAGCCACGCAAAGCUUUAAAUGGCAACAAUGCACAAAAUAAUGUCAACGACGAGCCCAUGGAAACAGGUGAUGGUGAUGGCGAGGGCGGCGGUGAAAACAAUACUACCCUUGAUGAAACUGAGGACGUACCAAUGGUUAACUUGGCAUCAUUUGCCAUUUAUAAACUUUUCUCCGAAUGGGAAAACGAGGGCUAUAUUAUACCCGAAAUGCAUCCAGCUGCUGCUGGCAACUUUAGCGACAAUGAAAGCAUGGCUGGAACUGGAGCUAAAGAACCUAAAAGACCUCCGGUUCGCAAUGAAUUACCGCCAAACUGGGAGGCCAUGCAUCCAGCUUCUUUACUCUGUUAUAUGCGCCCUGGAAUUACUUACACGGACAAGGGCACCAUUGGGGAGAAGCCAAAUAUUUUGCAUACAUUAGCCACAACUGUUGAUGACGAAGAAUUCGAAGCCAGUGGGCGUUCCAAGAAAAUUGCACGUCGCAACGUUGCCGCCGUCGCAUGCAACACUUUGUUUAACACCAACUUUGAGCCAGAAUUGAAAUCAGAAUAAGAUGUUUAGAGUUUAGGACGUUUAGAUUUACACACACACCACACAUAACGCAUUCACCAAUUUUUUGGUGAACCAAUUGAACUUUAGUUUUAAAUUAUAACCACACAAAAACACAAUUUCCAAAACAAAUACGGUCUUGUCUCCCUUUAGCUAGCCAUUGUAAUAGCCUAGAAUGGCUAGACAUAAAUUUUAUGCAUAUGAAAAAAAGUGGCAAAUAUAUAUUGAACGGACGAUUAAUUCCAA